AUGACGGGGGAAGAAAGGCUUUUGUUAAAAGAUAUUGUGGUGAAUAGCAACACAGAGAAGCUUCCAACAAAUCAUUUAUUUGAAGGUGACUCAAAUAAAUGCUCGAGAGCAGCACAGUCUAGUGACAGUUACAUGCUCAAAAUUCAAGGGAACCUCUCCCUCACAGAACAUCUGCAAAGGGGAAGAAAGCUCUCUGGUGACCAAACAUCCAUCCUUUUGUCGCCGCAGGCACCCGGGCAGCAAGCAGGCGGGCGGGCAGCAGGUUGUCUGAAACAUCCUCAAAAUGUAAGAAGAAUCAAAUCCUCUGAGGCAUUUUCAAGCUCUGAGUGGUCAGUUCUUUACAUCGGGCGACUCCCCCAAAAUAGCAGAGUCAUCAGAACAGGCAUCCUGGUUGGUCCACAUCUCGGAUCGGACGCUGGGAAGAAAAUCCGACAGUCAAGCAAACAAAUCAAAGGCUUAAGAUCUGCCAGAUCCGAAGAUAUCUGCAACUGGGGGUUACGUCCAUUUAUUCAUCGGGCGGCAAAAAUGGGCUUUCAAUUUUAUCCUGAAACGCAGGCGGCGCGUAGAAUAAGGGAGAGAGGGCCUCUUGACCAGGACAGAAUUUGCCGUUUCAAGGUUUAA